AUGUUCACAAAUCUUUUCUUUUCAGCUUUCCCCGAGAAGAAGAUCAUAUCGGUGACGGCAUUCUUCCAUGGAAAUGAAACAGAAUAUUCGUUCUGGCCAGCUCGCCGUGUGAGAGGGAACUACGCGCAGGCACCAGCCUCCCUGAGAUACGCACGUCUCCGUCCUCCAACUCGCGCCGUCCUGCUGAAUAAACGGACAAAUAUAAGUAAGCAGUUACGGAGCACUCCGUGGGAAAUCAGCAAAUGUGCCUCCUACUCCUCAUUAUUCAAAAACAAACUGGUGGUGGCUCGGAUCUUGCCAGAGGAAAUUUUGCACCAUGCGAUCGAUGGAUGGAUCGAUGAUUCAAACUUGGAGUUCAUGAUCAACUCUGCCAAGCUAGCCAUCAAGGUACAAUAG